CGCCCCUCCGCUCUGUGUUAUGUCUAUGUAAUGUCUAUGUAUUGUGUACGCGCUUGCUGGAUGUCCACAGUUGUGUAGCGGGACCAGCAGCGGUUGGUUAGUUGGUUGGUUGUCCCGGGGCCCUCCACCAUGUUCGAUUACCUGGAGUGGGACACCUUCGGACCGUCCGCGGAGCUUCUGGAUCUGUACACCACCAGCUCCAGCCCGACCCCCGGACCGGAGGAGCCAGGGCAGCCCGAUUUGGCGGCGUUUUUCCCGGAGCUGCUGGAGGCUGAGUGGCGCGAGCACCGCUGUUCACAAUCCGUGGAAAGCCAGAGCUCCAGUUGGUGUUCGGAGGACUUGUUGACCAGUCCGCCCUCACCUCCACCCCCUCCCCGCACGUACAAGCCAUGUUUCGUGUGCCAGGACAAGUCCUCUGGGUACCACUAUGGAGUCAGCGCCUGCGAGGGCUGCAAGGGCUUCUUUCGGCGCAGCGUGCAGAAGAACAUGGUGUACACGUGCCACCGUGACCGCAACUGCAUCAUCAACAAGAUCACACGCAACCGCUGCCAGUACUGCCGACUACAGAAGUGUUUCGCUGCGGGCAUGUCCAAAGAGUCGGUGAGAAAUGACCGGAACAAGCGUAAGGGUCACAAGGAGGCGGUGAAGAUGACCAUCAUGGAGACAUACGAGCUGAGCGCAGAGCUGGGUCUGAUCGUGGAGAAGAUCUGCAGAGCUCAUAGAGAGACCUUCCCCUCCCUGUGUCAGCUGGGCAAGUACACCACGAACUCGAGUGCAGAGCAGAGGAUUCAACUAGACCUGGGCUUGUGGGAUAAGUUCAGUGAGCUGGCCACCAAGUGCAUCAUCAAAGUGGUGGAGUUUGCCAAACGUGUGCCAGGCUUCACCGGGCUCACCAUCGCAGACCAGAUCACCCUGCUCAAAGCCGCCUGCCUCGACAUCCUGAUCUUAAGGAUCUGCACACGCUACACUCCAGACCAGGACACCAUGACGUUCUCUGACGGCCUCACACUGACCCGCACACAGAUCCACAACGCGGGCUUCGGCCCACUUACCGACCAAGUCUUCUCCUUUGCCGGACAGCUGCUGCCCCUCCAGAUGGACGACACUGAGAGCGGCCUGCUCAGCGCCAUCUGCCUGGUCUCUGGAGACCGCCAGGACCUGGAGGAGCCGUCAAAGGUGGAGGUGCUCCAGGAGCCACUGCUGGAAGCUCUGAAGGUGUACUCACGCAGACGUAGACCCAGCAUGCCCCUCAUGUUCCCCAAAGCUCUCAUGAAGAUCACCGACCUGCGCACCAUCAGCGCCAAAGGAGCCGAGCGCGUGGUCACCCUGAAGAUGGAGAUCCCGGGCUCCUUACCUCCACUGAUCGCUGAGAUGCUCGAGGACCUUCAGAACCUGCAGAUGAGCCACAGGAGACAGUGUCUUCCUACAACCAGCCCCACCUGCACAACCAGCCCCACAACAAUCCACACGACCAGCCCUGUCUCACAGAUGUCCACCGGGGGCAGGCUCUGAGACGGCAGGGCCACUAGGACUGAGGACAUGCCCAGGAGACGUUUCAUGUUCAAACCCAGGAAGUCAUGAUGUCAAGAUUUUUAUAUAGUUUUAUAUAGUCUCACACUUUCACUUUUAUGAACGUCCACACGUCUACAUGGACAUGCACA